AUGAGAAUAGAAGCGCCUCGUCAUACUCCUCCUCCUCCUACUCCACAUUGCUUUUGCUCACUCCCUACACUCCUCAAGCGUGAAUGCCAGGGCGCAGUCUACAAGUGCCAAGCAAACCUCAUCAACCCACCACAACCACCACUCGACAAUUCCCAGCCAGACAGCGACAAGGACAACAGUGGUCGAGUCUUGGCAGGAGGCCAUUUCACUUUUGUCCCAAGUUCGCCCCAACGACUCGCCGACAUGAGGAAGGAAUCAAAACCACCCGACCGUCCUCCAGCGACAAAGGCGGCCAUUCAAGACAUCACCUCCAUCCUGACCUCGUUCGGCAAGACGCUUGGUCCCCGGUCUCCAAGCUUGUCCAAACAUGGUCUCAAAGACGGUACCAACGUGAGCAGUAACAGCGAAAACAAUAACAACAACAGUAAUCACUACAGUAUCAACACGCCGCAGCAGCCACAUCAAAUACAGCAACAAUCACUGCCGACAAUUCCCAUGCCGCCUCCGCCUCCUCGGCUUGUCGGGCCUAUUGGCGUCUGUGGGUUCCAUGUACACACCAGCACCUGGGAAAACUUCAAGGUUCAACUCUGCCAUGCAGAGAGCGUGACAGGAGGUGGAGCAGGGGGAGCAAAUCCCUUCAGCCGCAGUCAAGGUCCGGAGCUGGAUCAAGCCUUUGCAGAGGGACACCACAAGCUCAUUCUCCGACACUCGUAUCUUCAUGGCGGAUUUAUUCGACAAGCUCGGAAGGACGGAUGCAAGGCCCAGAUGACGACAGUGGCUCAGUGGACAGCAUGGGAGCAAGGGAUCGUCGAUCGAGACUCGCCAAGAUCAGGAGGAGAGACAGCACCUAAUUGUUUCUGCGGGUUUCCGAUGAGACUGUCGUACCUGUACAAUGGACAAGGACCCCAGAUGAACUAUGUGUGCGCGAUGCGAAUUCAGGACGUCCAGCGUGGCUGCAGUCGUGUAUUGAGCUCGGCAAAGUGGGCCGUUCGAAGGAGGUCAGUUCCUAUCCAGAUCAUGUCGUUGGAGGUCAGGCUCCCUUCAGCAAAGACCCAACAUAGACAGGCCGAGUCUGGCCCUAAGCCACCUACGGAUACUGGAUUGAAAGUGGCUCGCAGGGUAGACAAUGACGGCAGCGACAGUCAGGAAGCAUCAUUAGCGGCUCCUCUCGCAUCCACACUCGACCAUAAGCCACUUAAGGACGACACGUCGCGAGACAGUUGUCAAGACUCUGGGAUCAAAGUCGACGAGAAUGAGGCUAAAUGCGAGGACGACGAUGAGGGAUCAGAGCCCGACUGGAACCGAUCAACAGAAUGGUGUCUUAACGCCUCUUCGCAUCACAAGAUGCGGUUGCUGCCUAUACCGACUUGCCUCUUGGAGAUGAGAGAUCGGAACGGGGACCAGCAGGGCUGUCGAAGGAGCAUACCCCAGGAGGAAGCGAAGAAUGGUUUGUACGAUCAAUGUGGCGACAGGAGCGAUCGCAAUCGGUAUGAACAGAGGAAUACCGACGAUGACAGCGCCGACACGGAACUCUCAAAUCGACCAGUCCCGACUCGGUCUGUGGUCGGCGUCAAGUCCCUUUCCAAGGCGCAGAUGAAGGAUUUGUACCUUCCUUUGGAGAAGCCGAGGGAGUACGGCCCGCUGAUUCAGCGUCUGCACGGUUCAAAGAUGCUGGCGGCGGAGCGGGAGAGGAGCGAGAAAGUCGUGGAGCGGUCGGAGACACGUUUGAGGGACUGGGAAGAGUCGGUUGAGCGAUUGGGAGCAUACGUGAAGGAACUGUGCCAGGAUGGGCUGGACAAUAGCACGUUGUUGUGUCGGUCGUGUGGCAAGGGGACGUUUCUGCAUGCGAAUGUUCCGUGCUACCAUUUGGUGAUGUGUGACGACUGUAUCAAGAAGUACCAGCGGUGUGUUGUGUGUUCGACCAAGAUUGAGUCCAGCCAGCGGAUCUACUGGUAG